AUGGAUUAUUAUGGAUUUAUCAACACGUGCUUGAAGUCUUUGGUAAUCGAUAAAUUCGGGGAAGAGACAUGGGACAAACUCAGAAAUGAGGCAAGCGUUCAAGACACCUUUAUGACAUUCGAGGUAUACAAAGAUGACAUCACGAUGCGACUUGUGGCAGAGGCUUGCAAGCUACUGGAUGUUGAGCCUGAUGUGGUGCUGAGACAGUUUGGGGAAUACUUCUUCGAAUUCUGUAAGCGAUCUGGAUAUGACCACAUGCUCCGGACUCUUGGAGGAAACCUAUUCGAGUUCAUUGAAAACCUGGAUGCAUUACACAGCUAUCUCUCCCUCUCCUACAAGGAGAUGAAUGCGCCUUCAUUUCGGGUGGAGAAGAACAGCGAUGGCACGAUGCUCCUCCACUACUACUCUGAUCGAAAGGGCCUCUGUCACAUUGUUCCUGGUAUUAUCGGGGCUGUUGCGAAGGACUUCUUCAAAAGCGAGAUCAGAAUGGAAAUUGUGAACCAAAUGGAAGAAGGUGAACGGACGGGAAAGAGAGAGCACGUUGUCUUCCUUGUCACUCAGGAACCAACCUUUUCAAACAGGACACGCAGCAACAGCAAGCAAUCGCUGACUCUGCAGUACCUGGCCAGUUCUCGAAACAAUGAGAAACCCAUGAACAAAGAGCACCAGACACUGGGGUGUCCAAUGCGAAGGAAUCAUUGGGAGACUGUGCGUGGAUUGAUCCACCUGGGAAAGGGAAAACUUUUGAGGGGGUUUGAGCCUGUCUACCCUGAAGCCCUGUGCAUUGAUUUGAAGACAUUCUGCAAUGCCUUCCCUUUCCAUAUUGUGUUUGAUGAAGAGCUACAGGUGAAGCAGGCUGGGGUGAACAUCCAGAAGAUCGUCCCGGGCCUGCAGACCAUGCGGAUCCAGCUGGACCAGUACUUCACCAUCCUACACCCGGAGGUCACCUUCACCAUCUCCAGCAUCAGGAUGUUCAUCAACAGCCAGUUUGUGCUGCAGACGCGACGGGACAUGAUGCCCGAGUCCUGGAAGGAUAGGCCCAUGCUGGAGCUCAGAGGGCAGAUGGUGUGGAUGGAAUCUCUGCAGUGCAUGCUGUACCAGGCCUCACCGCUCCUGCGCAGCCUCCACGAGCUGGAGGAGCGUCGCAUGCACAUCUCCGACAUCGCCCCGCACGACGUCACGCGCGACCUCAUCCUGCUCAACCAGCAGCGGCUGGCCGAGAUGGAGCUGUCCAACCAGCUGGAGCGCAAGAAGGAGGAGCUGCGCCACCUCUCCCAGCACCUGGAGGAGGAGAAGAAGAAGACGGAGGCCCUUCUCUACGCCAUGCUGCCCAAGCAUGUAGCCAACCAGCUGAAAGAGGGAAAGAGAGUCGAGGCAGGUGAAUUCAAGGAGUGUACAAUUCUCUUCAGUGACGUAGUGACCUUCACUAACAUCUGUUCAGAGUGUGAGCCCAUCCAGAUAGUCUUCAUGCUCAACUCCAUGUACCUCAAGUUUGACAGGCUCACCACUGUACACAACGUCUACAAGGUGGAGACCAUUGGAGAUGCCUACAUGGUGGUGGGUGGAGUGCCCAUACCAGUGUCCAGCCAUGCAGAGAGAGUGGCCAAUUUUGCCCUUGGCAUGAUCAUUGCUGCCAGGGAGGUUAUCAACCCCAUCACAGGGGGGCCUAUCCAGAUCCGGGUGGGUGUGCACUCCGGGCCAGUGCUGGCAGGAGUGGUCGGGGAGAAGAUGCCACGGUACUGCCUGUUUGGAGACACGGUCAACACAGCCUCCCGCAUGGAGAGCCAUGGCCUGCCCAAUAAGAUCCACAUCAGCCCUAGUGUCUACCAGGCACUGAAGGAUAAGGGCUUCCGACUGCUGGAGCGAGGUGAGAUUGAGGUGAAAGGGAAGGGGAAGAUGCACACGUAUUUCCUGGAAGGCAACCUCACUGCCACAGAGGAUCAGAUUAUGGGGCGGUCAGCCAGGGAGCCAGACUCUGGCCGCGAAUCUGCACAGUCGGGACGAGACUGUAACACCAGGAAGGCUCUGUACAAGCCCCCAAUUCAAGCCAUACAGAGAGUGCAGAGUGAGGACCGCCAUCCUACUGUGCCCAUGAAGUAUGGAGACAGCUUUUCUGACCCCCAUUCCCCAUCUCUUGCCUCUGAACGUCAUACCAAGAACCUGACAGGCAAGCCACGUGACUCAGAGAGUUAUGGGAGUCUCCACAGUGAGAACCAAUCAGAAGACGACCCCUACCAGGUGAAAGAAGAGCCAGCUCCACCCAAAGCCACAGAACAGACUGCCACUGCAAGUGGAAACAAGCGCAUCAGGACCAGUUUCUGUGUGGUGCUAUGA